AUGGCGUUUCAAUUGAAGAAAUUGCAGCAGCUAUGCAGCAGAUGCAGGAUCGCUUCUAGGGUUUAUUCCACCGACUCAAGCUCACCAAAGGUUCAGCCGUCUACUAGUGCUAAAGCUGAGAAGAAGAAAACCGUGUUUCUGCCCCGAACAUCUUUCGUGAACCAUGUGAAGUCGUCCGAACGCGGUUUACUUGAUCAGCAGCUGGCUAGUUCUAGCGGCUUAUCGACUCUGUACGAGUGGCAGCGAGGACAAGUCGACCGUAAGGAAAUUUUUGAACUGCUGGAUGGUCCUCCAUAUGCGAAUGGUGUGGUGCAUACUGGACACGCUAUCAAUAAGAUUUUGAAAGAUUUCAUCGUUAAGAGCAGGAUUGCUCUGGGAUACAGGGUCCGAUUUCGUCCAGGUUGGGAUUGUCAUGGUCUUCCUAUUGAGCUGAAGAUUAGCAAAAGUGUACAGGGGAAGUCACCUCUGGAGAUCAGAGCGCUGGCUCGGCAAGUAGCGAAUGAAGCUAUUGGAAAGCAGCUAAAUUCAUUCAAACGAUGGGGUGUGUCGGCUGCGUGGUCAGAACCAUAUCUUACUAUGGACUCGAUGUACGUCUCGGAGCAGUUACGAUUGUUUGCGAAGAUGGUCGAAAAGGGAAUUAUCUACAGGGCAUUCAAGCCCGUUUAUUGGUCACCAAGUUCUCGCACUGCGUUGGCGGAGUCAGAAUUGGAAUAUAAUGAUAAACAUACGAGCACUGCUGUUUAUUUCCGAUUCAAAGUAAUCGACAUCAGCUUGAAGGAUCUCGCAGUUUCAACCGAUUUUGGAUCAAAACCAGUUGUUAUCUACUCUCUUAUAUGGACUUCAACGCCCUGGACGCUUCCUCUCAAUAAUGCCAUAUGUAUCUCUCCAGGCUCAACAUAUGCGGUUGUACGUUUCGACGAUACUGUCAAGUAUAAUGAAUUGGCUCUACCGAUCUUGGCCGGUGAUCAUGUGACGAUGGCGAUGGGGAAAUGGCCCUUCUGUAGCAUACCUCUUUUUGCCCAUGGUUCACUGAAUUAUCAGGAUGGUCGUUACACAAGGCAUCUUGGGACCGAUCUUGAAGGAAAAGACGUGCUUGGUGAAGGACAGCGUGAGGUUAUAAGGUUUGCCUUUCCAGCCAUACGAUAA